GCUGUGAGUCAUGGCAGUAGAGCCCCUCACUCGGUGCUUCUUUGGUUAAUCAGUAACCAGGGAUGACUAGGGCUUGUUGGGUUAAAGUAAGGGAGCAGAGGAGUCCGGACCUCAAACAGCGCCUCACUCCAAAGCAGCAGCAGUCGCAGCAGCAGCAGACACACCCGAAAGAAGCAAUUUUUAAGGUAAUUACCGACCAACGAUAAAAUGCAGGGACUCCGGUUACCUCUUCUAGUCCUCCUGCUAUACUGCUGCCUCUCACGAAGUCAAGCCAACCGGGUCUACGUUCACCCCUUCCAUCUUUUCGCUGCGGAGAAUGUCAGCUGUGAGACCCUACAGACCCAGACAGUUAAGCCUCUGGAGACACUUCCUGUGUCCCCCCUUGAUAUCGAAGUUGUGACACCAGACAACAGGGACCUAUCAAAACUGGAUUCGCAGAGGCAGAACAUCACAGAGAGGACAGCGGUCCUGGCAGAGCUGUUGAACUCUUUGGGCCUUAGGAUGUACCAGGCUCUAAGCAGCAAGCAGCAAAGCACCAACACCCUCCUCUCUCCUGUCAACACCUAUGGAUCCCUUGUCACUUUCUACCUGGGAGCCUCCAAGAAGACAGCAAGCUCAUUCCAGAUUCUACUGGGUCUGAGUAGUGGGACUGACCCAGAGGAUUGUGUGUCCUUGGUGGACGGACACAAGGUCCUCAAGACCCUGCAGAGCAUCAACUCUCUGGUGGACGACGGACCCAAAGACGAAAUCACUACACAGGUGUGGGCAUUCACUCGCCAGGACGCUCAGCUAUCUGAGGACUUCAUUCAAGGCACACAGGACUUCUCAGACACGUCGUUCAUCCGUAGCGUGGACUUCUCCAAACCUCAGGAGGCAGAGCAGUUGGUGAACACCUUCGUGGAUAAAACUUCAGAUGGGAAAGUCAAGAACAUCAUCAAAGAUCUGAAUUCCAGCAGUGACCUUCUGUUCAUCACCUCCUUCAACUUCCAAGGCAACUGGAGGACAGCCUUCCAACCAGAAAAGACCUCCAUGCAGGAGUUCCGUGUGGACGAAACAACCACUGUAAUGGUUCCACUGAUGACCCACACGGGCCAGUACCACUACUUGAACGACAAGGUGCGAAGGUGCACCGUCGUGAAGCUGUCUCUGAGCAAAAGGUCCUACAUGCUGCUGGCCCUGCCUCAUGAAGGGGCCAGCCUCAGUGACAUAGAGUCAAAGCUGCGCACCGAUGUCAUGUCUGGCUGGUACGAAAGCCUCCAGGAAGGUUUGUUGGAGCUGUCACUCCCAAAGUUCUCCAUGUCCUCUGACAAUGAUCUCCGCGACGUCUUGACCAACAUGAAUCCAGAAAUUGAGGAGAAACUGUUGGGCUCCCAAGCUGAGUUCAGCCGACUCAGCAACACCAAACCAUUCACCGUAAAUAAGGCCAUUAACAAGGUGCUGUUUGAAAUGUCAGAAGAAGGGGCAGAACCUCAGGACAAGACACAGGAAGAAGGCGUCCCCCUGAAACUGUCCAUCAACAGGCCUUUCUUCUUUUCUGUUAUAGAGGGAGAUUCCAACUCCAUCCUCAUGCUGGGCAAGAUUACCAACCCUACACUCUAAAGAUAAAUUAUCAGAAAACCUCUGAUAUGAAGAAUGUUCAACAUGCCAGCCACAUUUCUCUACAACGUGCUUUAUCGGCACAGCUUAUAUAUCUGCAGGGGAUGAAAUUGGUCAUUCGGGAGGCAUGUUAUUAAGAGCAAGGCCUAGUUAUUCAUCUAAAAUAAUGGUCACAUAUUGUACAAGAGAAAUGAACUUUGAUGAAGAUGGCUCUGCCAGCAUCAGCAACAGUAUCAAAAUUAUCAGAAACUCAGGAGUCAUGGAGGGUCCCUGUGUCAGUAUUUAUGAAAACAUGUUACUUUAAGCUUCUUUCAAGCAACCUGUUAGAAUCCUAAAAACAUAUUACAGCAGAGUUCUGUACAGUAUUUUUCCAUAGAGUAGGUACAGUAACCACAAUUGUCUGUGAUCCUGAAUGACUUAACGCGUUGUAUAUUGUAACUAAGAGUCUAUUUUUGUUUUGUUAUGAUUUGUGAUUGCUGAAAUAAAACUUUUGUUUGCAAAUAAA